CUCAUCUCGCCGACCGGCCGACCUACCGACAGGGGCUCAUCUGUAGAGUGAGCUAUAAGCAAACACAGAUGAGCCGUUGCAUGCGCACACAUUCACAUUCACUUAAAAACUGCUGGCAGCUCCUGAUGGCUCUCCAGAAGACGCCAGGAAUCCACCGAAGCAACACCCGCCUGCACAUGCAGUCUAUUCUUAAAUUCUGUUAGAGCUCGUGUUGAUGAAAAGGCUAUCUUUGGUCUGAAUCGUAAUGGUGCAAUGCUCGAGAGCUCGCGCAGUGAUAUGUUAUUAAUGUAGUUACACAGUGGGAGAUCAUACGUUGUUGCGCAACCAUCAGCCAGUCUAACUGAAUCUAUAGUUGCGGUGUCAGUUGAUCAGUAGAAAUGAGGAACCCGCAUCUUCUCAGCGACGGGUGGAAGAUCAACGGAAAGGAUGCCCCGGGGAAUAAGAAAUUCAAGAGAAAGGGACGUGAUCCUAAACGUGUCAGCGAGGUCAAAAGUUUCAAUAACGAUUCUAGAACGGAUGAGGACUCUAUGGGUGAACUGAUGGAGGAGUCGUUCCGAUCCAGCUCACUGAACGGUGCGGCUCUUUCGCUGGCCUCAUCCCUGGGCUCAUCAGGUAGUCAGAACAUGGCUAUAGAUAUGAGGAUUAACGCAGUUCCGACAAUCACCGGGACUCCCCCUGCUGCCCCGCCGCAGCCCGGAGCCGAGCCCGCACACAGGGACAGCUUCCACCCAACAUUUCCUCAAGUCACGGCGUAUGACCAUCAGUCGUACGGCUCAGAGCAUGCUGUACAGUCCCGGAUUGUUUUGUGCCAGCCGCGCUCUGAGCGGUCCCUGUCCGCCGCCUCGCAGGCGCCUUUCAGUAACAACACUGGCGAAGAGUCGCCAAGGAAACGGCCGGGGGAGUCGUCUGGCGUCGUGACCGAGAUCAAAGCCAUCCAACAGACACGGAGGCUACUAGCAAACGCCAGAGAGAGGACACGCGUGCAUACCAUCAGUGCAGCAUUUGAGGCGCUCAGAAAGCAGGUGCCGUGCUACUCCUAUGGCCAGAAGCUGUCCAAGCUGGCCAUCCUGAGGAUCGCCUGCAACUACAUCCUGUCCCUGGCCCAGCUGGCCCAGCUGGACCUCAGCCCAGAGCAUGGCAGCAUCAGCUUCAGGGAGUGCGUGGAGCAGUGCACUAGGACCCUGCAGGCUGAGGGACGCUCCAAGAAGAGGAAGGAGUGAGUUCUCCAAAGCUCAUAGGAGACAGGUAAAGGAAGAAGAGGACAAUCAUCACAUUGACAGGGGCCUGAGGAGAUCCCCCUCCUCCUCCUCCACUGCUGCAGGUCUUCCUCACGGCCACCCUGCAGGUGAAUAUCCCCCCAGAAGACAACUAAGUCCCAGGCCUGGUCAACCAGACCUAUCACCACACUUGUCUUUCAUCAAAUGAACUCAGGAGGGUUUAGCAGGCUGGCUGAAAGUCAGGACACCAAACCUCUGGUCCUCCAGGCAUACAAGAGCCUGUUUCUUUUCACUGUAUCCCAAGAUGAAGAGAGGCUCGCCGGGCUGCUGGCUGCCUUUCUGUCUGCCUGACAACUUGGAGCCCGGAGCCAGACAGCACAGACAAUGGGAAAUAAAUAUAUGGAACUGUUCUCUCUUCCUGAUGUGGAUGGAGGUUUAUAAGUUUGAAAGUGGCAGAACAGGACUGCAAAUAUCCUUGCGGUUCAACUUCAGUUAGACAAAGACUACAAAACCCAUUUAGCUGGACUUGUCAUCCUAGUGCCUUUUCAUAGUCUUUAAUAUUUUCUUGGCAGAAUGCAUUUAUCUUUGCUACUUGAUGGAAUGUACAAGUCAUAUAACAUAUACUGUAUUAGUUGGAACAUACAUGGAAUUGUAUAGAGAUGUAUGACAUUACUAUAUGAAAUUAGGAUAUCUAAGAAUGUCUAACUGGACAGUUUUGUUAGACACAGGAGUGAGAAUACUUUAUUAUGCUUUAGUGUUAAACAAGCUCCUUUCUGUCUAUAAGCCUGCAGCUUGUGUCCUGGUAAAAGGCACUUUAAAACUCCAAUAAAGGAAGAGAUUUUAA